AACUUUUAGAGGUCUGCAAGGAGAAUAAAUCUACCGAAGAAGGCAUGUACAAGGUAUUUCUCGUCGUGACCCCUUCGGGACAGCAAUCGACAGAUGAGGUAUUUAAAUAUCACACAUUAUAUUUAAUAAAUUAAGCAUUUUUGCACUUGAUGAAGCACAUUUUAUCCUAAUAACCUGUCUUGGAAUUAGAAAUUUCUCAUUAAUUUAAAUUUUAUUCUCGUAAAUUUAAUUGAAGAAGCUAGCUUUUGCUUAUCGAGUUGUGUAGAAGUUUGGUGUUUACAUAACUUUACAUAUAAAGCCAUCAUACUGGGCCCUUUUUGAAAAUUACAACACAAAAAAAACAACAACAGAUCAACAAAAACAAAUUGCGAGAAAGAAGAAAAAUUAUAUUCACAGAAUAUUUGCAAUUCUUUCAAAGCAAUUAAGUAUUAAAAUAAAGAAAUGACUCAACAAAUUCUGUUAUUUUUAAUUAUUGUUUGCCUUUUUUGGCAGUUAGUGUCUAAUUUCAGAAUCAUGUUUGACGACUUAGUCAUGUGCCUUGUUUCACACUCUACUUUGAAAAUAAGUUUCAAAUGUUUUUCAAAGAGCUUUCUCACUCCUAAAGAAACAGAGGAUAUCUUUUGUUUAAAAAAAUUAACAAGGGGUGGGGGAUAACUGACACGUAUAUUCUUACGCUCUGAUAGCCCCAGCUAGUACAUUAGCAACCAAUCACAUCUGCUAGGCUGUGCCUAUAAACAUUAUCCCACCGCAUUAUUCCUCUAUCCGCAAAAGCCAGUGAAGGGCACUUGGUAACAGAUGAGUGAGUAUCUACAGGGCCAGCGUGUCAAGCCGGCAUGUCGGGUCGUCUUUGCUCUCUAGCUUGUUGCAGUAAGAAUUAGUAGGGAAGUGCUCAAAUCUCAUUUGGAUUAUGACUCAAUUUCAAAAAGGUGUCUGUUCUGCUCGGGAGGGCACGUAAGUAAUGACGGUUGAUCUCGGGCAUUCGUGCUGUCUGCCUAUUUUGUGUUGGUCUAAGUGGUCUAAAACCCAGACUUUGACCUCAAGAUAAGUGACUGGUGUUCUGGCUGAGAAUGGAUAGCCCCAGUUUAUGUCAGGGUGUCUGGUUUUUUUAUUGCGUCUAUCGUUUACUUUACUUGGUAUCCAUCGCAGCGUUAACUUGCCUCCUAUGUUCUCAACCUUGCCCACUUCAUGCAAGAUGGCGCCAAACAAGUGGGUGUAAAGUUCUUCCUUAUUUAAGAUCUUGAGACAAGAUCUUCAAUUGACAAAAUCGAUACCCACAAGCUCCAAUCUCUGCAGCGUACUGUGCACACUUUUCAGGACCUUGUUAAAAGCUUCUAGAUUGAAAAUUUGAUGCAAAGGCCUUGAGAGCUCCUCAUUUGGUGGCCCUCUAUUAGCGUACUAGUAUAUGAUGAGUGCAGUGUAGCCGGCAUUUCUUUCUCUCGUGUGAGCUCAUUUCAUUUAACGGACAAGUUCUGCACUUAUUUUGGUAUAGAACGCUGGCACUUGCAAUUAAAUUUACUCUUAGAGUCAGACUGUCUGUCUCAACAAGUCAUAAGCACUUUACUGGUUCCACUGUGUAGGUGUUUUUUAACGAAAAUUUCAAGCUCUCGGCAUCUUGUGCAUGUGCAGCAAUAUACCGACCAUAACAGCCUUCAAAACUGCACUCAAAACAUAUAUCUUUUUAACCUCUCCUAUCCUAACUGAUUACCCCUCUGACCGUUAAACGAUGUUGUCGAGUGCCACCCAUGGCUUGACAUGUAAAUAGUUCUGAAUGGGUCGAGUGAAUAUUCAUUUGUUUUGUUUUAUUUAAUUAAUGUAUUUUAAUUUUUAAGUUCAUGAUUAGGUUUGUCAAAUUGUAUGUACAGCGUGGUGAGCCCAGCCCUAGGCAGGGAUACCACAAUAUAUAAAACCACUAAUAAUACUAAUAGUAAACUGAGAAUCCCGUUAUAUGCAAUGUGUGUUUCUUCAGUAGCUUCUAGUAAUAGAGCCGCUUCCUCUUCCCGGUUAUGGAGUAGCUUCUUUAGUUUCCUUCUGACCCAGCUACAGUUAAGCUUUUUACCUACUCGUCUUUUUAGGGAGAUGACCCACGGCAAAUUGCCUAGGGUCCCCAGAAGCACCAGCGCCUGCAGAAUAUGAUUGCAUUUUAACUGCUAAUGUUUAGUGAAACAAAUUAUAUUUAAAAUGUUUUCAAAAUGCAUGGUUCUCCAUUUUCUUUAAUUAGCGUUAUUGAAAUUGCUUGCAUGAGGCAAAAAUCAAAAUAUUUUUUUUUUAUUUGAUAGAUAUUUAAAACGCAAUAUUCAAAAAAGAAAUAAGGUAAACAAACAAUCUCCAACUAUUUAUGCAGAAAAUCAAUGGGUUUAAGCUAUUAUAAAAAAAAUAAUCUACUUCUUGGAACUCAGUGUCAUUUCAGUUGUAUGCAUGUGUAUUUAAUUUGCUACUAUAUAAAAAGACAAGAUCGUUUAAAAAAAUAAAUUUUGCUAAUGGUCGAACCACGUGAAAUUUACGUGUAUGUGUCCCCUUUUCCCAAAAGCUGUAAUUUAACAAAUGUAAUAUUUUGGUGAAUAAUAUUUUAACGAGAGACGUUCACAUACAUUUUUGUUUUUGUUUCUUUUUUAACACUGAGCUCCAAGAAGUAGAUUAUUUUUGGGAUUAAUUUAUAAGGUAAACAAACAUAUUCCAACUGCUUUAUGCAGAAAAUCAAUAGGUUUAAUCUUAAGCUAUGCAAAGAUAAUUUGUAAACAAUGAAAUCGGCUGGACAAAUAUUAAUUAAAAUCUAAACAACCUAAAUUUUGAUAUUUCUGUUAAGGGAACACCAAGCAAAAAAAAGAAUAAAUAUUUUGUAAAAGAUUUUUUGUUUGCAAUUUAUUACAAUUCAUUGGGGACACUCAGUUAAAUACAUUUCUAUCUUUUAACUGUUGCUAGACAUACUUAAAUCUACACCUCAUAUUAUUUAUUAGCAGGUAACUUUAUUAGUAUUAAACGUAUAGGUGAUUUAUAGUUUAAAUUUUUUUUAGGAAACCAUGAGAUACCACGGAAUCUUAGUAUAUCCUAAAAGAGAACUGACAGGAGUAAAACAGGAGAAGCAGCCUGAAGAGGACGUCUCACUGCAUGUUGUGACACUUCCCUUCUUCAAAUGUCCGGGCUCCAUAGCAUCUAACAUUGUAAGGGCAGCAAAAAAAUUAAUCGUGACGGCAGCAGUUUUAUUUUUUAUAUUUCUUGUUGUGAAGGCGUACGGUGAUGCAAGCGAACUAUCAAUGAUAAACCAGCUUCUUGCUUUGAUUAUCGUGGCGUUCUUUCCAUUCUGGUCAGGGUAAGUUGUACAAAACAAAACAAAGUAAAACACUUAAAUGAAAAAAGUUUUAAACAUAUGAAGUCAAGGAUGCGGGAACGAAGUUAUGAUGACGUUAGCGUGCAGGCAGCAAGUAAUGAUAAAGUCAAGGGUGCGGGCAGCAAGUAAUGAUAAAGUCAAGGGUGCGGGCAGCAAGUAAUGAUAAAGUCAAGGGUGCGGGCAGCAAGUAAUGAUAAAGUCAAGGGUGCGGGCUAAAGAUUAUGAUGAAGUCAAGGUUGCGGGCAGCGAGUAAUGAUAAAGUCUAAGGUGUGGGCAGCAAUUUAUGAUGAAUUCAAGGGUGAGGGCAGCAAAUAAUGAUAAAGUCUAGAGUCUGGGCAGCAAUUUAUGAUGAAUUCAAGGGUGCGGGCAGUAAAUAAUGAUAAAGUCUAGGGUGUGGGCAGCAAUUUAUGAUGAAUUCAAGGGUGAGGGCAUUAAAUUAUAAUGCCGUCAAGUGUUUGGGCAGCAAGUUCUAAUGAAAUGAAAGGAGCGGACAGCAAUUAAUUAUAAAGUCUAGGAUGCGGGCAGCAAGUAAUGAUAAAGUAUAGGGAGCGGGGUUCAAGUUAUGAUUAAGUCAAACAAGCGGAAAACAUGUAAUAAUGAAGUCAAGCGAAUCUGACCAGACGACAAAUCAAAUUGUUUGCUGUUGAGCCAAAUGCUGCCUACAUUUUAUAAGAAAUCGUAUAUUAUGCAUAAAAAAGGUUAUUUCCUUAUCACUAACAUAAUAUGUUUUCAUAAAAAAUCACUAUAACAUAUAAGGCAUUUCAAUCCUACAGAUGUUUCUUCGCAGUGCCUAACACAGAUCACUUGCAGCAAAACAAAUGUAUAUCAAGAAUAUAUAGAAGACCUCAGAAAUGCAACCUAAUUUUUCAAAAAAUAAAUAGAGCUACAAAUCCACAGGAUCAUGAAAGUAUCCUGACAGAAACAAGAAAUUCAAGUUCAUUACAAACUGCAAACAACUUGUCAGAAUACGAUUUUCUCUCAAGUAUAGUUAUGGGAGCAUUUGAAGUUCGUUAACUGUGUGCUGCGAAAGUUGAACUAUUAUUUGUUUUAAUCUAAAACCCUGCAAAAACAAGGUGCUAAAAAAUGACAUUGAGCUAUUUAAUUAUUAGUGAAACGACUAGUUUUAAGACAAUGUGACCGUAACUUAAAAUUUAUUAGAUGUAGUCAUGUAAUCCUACGUUAAUACAAACAUUUAACGU